UGCAGUGGUGAACAUCAACGCCAUCCUCUCACGUGGUACUGCGACGAUGAGGCUGUUACAAUGCUGCUGGGUUGCAACAUUUGUAUUGUCAGUUUUCGCCGCCAUUGAUGUGGAAAAGACAGUAAAACAAGUACAAAAUAUACUGCAAGCCAAUGUUCAACUACCACGCUUGUCUAGAGACGAAAUAAUUGAACUACUUAAUAAUAUUAGAGCUGAAGAUGCAAAGACAAAAUCUUCAACGAAGCAAGCACAAGAAACGAAUACAUUUCAGAGUCAAGAAAAUGUAACACAUGUAGCAACUCAACUACCUAAUAUUAAUGAUAACAUUAUUACCAAUGAGAAAGAGAAUGAAAUAUCUACACUUUCUGUAUUAACAACUGCAACACCUAUUGUAUCUACUGAAGCAACAACAACUACUAUUGAAAGUACAACAAAAAAAGGUGAACCAACGGUAAUGGUGGUAUUGCCGUAUACACCACGCGAUGGGUCAUCUUUACAGGAAUUGUACACCCGUCCACCUAGAGUGGAAGUUGUACCGGUAUCCAAAGUUACACCAAGUCCUAUUAAAUCUUCAAGAUUAACUAAUAAAAUAAGGGAUAAAAAUAGAAGUACUCAAAAUUCUAAAGAAAAAGAACGUGAUUUUCCUGCUGAGUUACAAGCUUUCCUUGACGAGCAUGGUUUAAAAGGUAGUCCAGGAAGUGAUCAUUUCCUAUUACCCCUUGAAGGCUUCAAACCUUUGCCGCCAGCGAAAGUUGUAGACGGAUCAGUGCAAUUACCUGAAAAUAUAUUACUCACAUAUGACUUGAUUUCAUCCAAUUCGGAUCAUGUACCUGUCAUUCGAAAUGAAGAUGAAUAUCCUUUGACACCGCAUUAUUUGCAAGAGCCCUUAUUCUCAAACAGACCGCUUCAAUUAGAGACAUCAUCGUCAGAAAAUAAGAAAACAGUUCUACCAUUAGAUUUACCUAAGAGUCGACAAACAAAGUCAACAGAAAAUAUUAAAAAUUAUGAGCCAAUAUCAUACGACUCGGUUAAAGUUAUACCCUUGCAACAAGGCAUUGAUCCGUUAGAAAGUAUAAAUGAUAAAAUAAAUAUCAAUAAUGAACAGAAUAAGAGGCAAAUUAAUGUUACAAUCGAAACUUUUAAUAAUGACACAAGCGCAUCUACUGACGCAAAUGAUAAAAAUAUUGUCGAAUCUGAUCAGUCUGCCGAAUCUGCAUCUGCUGACACAGGAGCGUCAAUCACAGAUUUGGAAGAUUCUUUUGGAGGAGCAGCACCAGAAAAACCUGGAGAUUCAGAACUGCCACCUCCAAAGAAAAACGGAUUUUAUUGGAUGUUGGACUGGAAUAGUUUCCUUGAAGUGGGUGAUGGUGAUACAAAAGUAAACAUCCGUUUUGAGCCAAAAUUAGGUGAUCCACAAAUGUUUAUACCCGUCAGUGUUCCUUGAUACGCAAGGAAUAGGUAGGAUACGUAAUCAAUAUUUGAUUCUAGUCUUAUGGCUAAAAAAUGUGCAUUAGUUCUAUAAUGUCUGUUUAAAGUUUGGAGAGGUACUUCACUAAUAUUAAUUAUUAAUAAGUUUUGGUACUGAUUGAAUAUGAUGUAGUAUCAUUGAUGCUGAUUACUGCAGUGGGAAUACGUUAAGGGAGUUCAUACCGAAGU